AUGGCAUCCCAAAACAACUGCUCAUAUUAUCAUGAAGAUGUUGCUGCCCUUGACCUCGAUCCUCUGACACCUCUAAUUCCGCAAGAUUGGGCAUUGAAGGCCGUUCACAUGGCGAGCGAAUGGGUAGAACAGCAGUUUGCUGCCUAUGUCGGAGGUAGAUCGCUUGUACCUGCUCCUCCGGAACUUGACCCGGAAACGAUGCUCGCAUGCAACCAGUUGGCAUUUGUACUAGCGGAAGCAUAUCAGCACCCUAUCAAAUUGGAUAUUGACCUCAUUAGGUACAACGAGGCGUUGGCCAAACGAGAAUCAGGAUUAAACGAUGCACACGAAGAAGAAUUGUUAGCCAAGUUCCCCCCCACAGAGCAUAUAUUAUUGGAUCGACCUUCCGUUGUGAUUGACGCCGGAUACUGGAUUAUUUUAUGGUAUCUGCCGGGCGCGCUCAACUGGUCAUUGCAGCGCGAUAUGUAUGUCGCCACCAUCAGAAUGGGCGACUUACUUAAGAAGAGCAUCACCCACGGACGCACAUCCAUACGAAAUGCAAGCAAUUGGAGAACCCACCAUUCCAACUUUUACCCCGUGGGAGAGCCAGGUCUGAUCCCCGGAUGCAUCAAUAUAUCGCCUUGCUGGUUUCAGCAAGGCCAUGAGCGGUACAGCCAACCACCUUUGAAUCCGGAUGAGGGUUUUAUGCCAGAAGUGUCUUCUUCUCUGAAGAGCGAUAUGAAUAUAUCUGUGAUAACAGAUAUGCAGCGUCCGGGGCUGGUAGCAUCGGCAGCCCUGCAUGUGAUGCAUCCGCAAUUAUACCAAGCUUCGAUCGCCACUCAAGUUCAACUCGGCCAUUGGGCAGCACCUCAGGGGCUUCAUCAGAUGUCCCGAAUGCUCCAAAACUGGGCAUCUGUGUACACCGGUGCGGCGGUCAUGUGCAACAGACAAUCGCCGAACCAUCGAGAUCCGAAAUGCCCUCCGGAGGGGUUAGAUAUUCUGACGUGCACAGGAUGUUAUGAUCGCGCAGUCAUGCAGUUAACAAACUUGGGGAUCGACUUGAUAUAUAAUCCAGGAGUAAUGGUGAGCUACUCCGGCCGGCUUGUGAGGCACGGUGUCCAGGUGUGUGAGGGGGAUAAAAUCAUUUGGGUCUGGUUUAUGCGUGAUAGCGUGCAUAACUAUACUCGAACCCCACGUACUGAAUAUGUGCACUACAAUCAGGCUGAUUUUGCUAGGUACCAGCCCCAAUAG